UGCUAGUGCGCGCGGUCAGCGAGGAUUUGCAGAAAUACAUGAUGGUAUGAGAAGUUGCAUCAUUUCCUGCACAGAAGAAUUAUCCUGUAAAGAGAUAAAAGUGGGUUUCGGGAUGUCAGAGGAGGAGUCCCCGGGUGCUUCCAAGGAUGUGGAAGAGCUGCAGAAGAAGUUAUGCUCACUGAUCAAGAUCUUUCAAGAUAACUCCAAGGCCUUUAUGCAGUCUCCAGUGGGCCAGUACCUGGACAGACAUCCUUUCCUGGCCCUUACCUUGCUGCUGUUUGUUGCUGUGUCAGCCAUCCCAGUUGGAUUCUUCUUCUUCCUUGUGGUGCUGACUUCGCUGGCCUCUUUUGUGGGUGUCAUCUUACUGGAAGGACUGGUCAUCUCAGUGGGUGGCCUCUCAUUGCUUUGUGUCCUCUGUGGCUUGUGCUUCACGACAUUCUUCCUAUCAGGGACAGUUGCAGUGUCCUAUGUGGUGACCUCCAGCUUCAUCAACUGCUUUUUCUCCCCCAGACAGUGGUUUCAAAAGAAAUUCUGUGACAGUGGCCCACCAGCGAUGCCAUCUGCAGACUUAGAGGAGAGCUCCCGGAAGUGACCGCCAGAGGGCACCAGAGCUGUUUCCCAAGCAUCCUGAAUGGCUUGUGGAAUCCUGGCUGCUCCCCUGAACUCUGUCUGACUCAGAUGGUUUCCCCUC